AUGGAUUCUGGGCCUGCCUGGGCUGCCAACCCCACUCCCCGGGGCACCUUGUCUGCCCCCAAUGCCACCACACCCUGGCUGGGCCGGGAUGAGGAGCUGGCCAAGGCGGAGAUCGGAGUCCUGGCCACCGUCCUGGUGCUGGCGACAGGGGGCAAUCUGACCGUGCUGCUGACCCUGGGACAGCGAAGCCGCAAGCGCUCCCGCAUGCACCUGUUUGUUCUGCACCUGGCCCUGACCGACCUGGGCGUGGCGCUCUUCCAGGUGCUGCCCCAGCUGCUGUGGGACAUCACCUACCGCUUCCAGGGCCCUGACCUCCUCUGCCGGGCCGUCAAGUACCUGCAGGUGCUCAGCAUGUUUGCCUCCACCUACAUGCUGCUGGCCAUGACGCUGGACCGCUACCUGGCGGUUUGUCACCCGCUGCGCAGCCUCCAGCAGCCCAGCCAGUCCGCCUACCCACUCAUCGCCGCCCCCUGGCUGCUGGCUGCCGUCUUCAGCCUGCCUCAAGUCUUCAUCUUUUCUCUGCGAGAGGUGAUCCAGGGCACCGGGGUGCUGGACUGCUGGGCACACUUCCGUGUCCCUUGGGGGCCUCGCGUCUACAUCACCUGGACCACCCUGGCCAUCUUUGUCCUGCCCGUGGCCAUGCUCACGGCCUGCUACAGCCUCAUCUACCGUGAGAUCUGUAAGAACCUCAAAGUCAAGACACAGGCCCGGAAGGUGGAAGGAAGGGGCUGGAGGACGUGGGACAGGACCUCACCUUCUGGCCCAGCUGUGGCCACACGGGGGCUGCCAUCCCGAGUCAGCAGCAUCAACACCAUCUCCAGGGCCAAGAUCCAAACCGUGAAAAUGACUUUUGUCAUCGUGCUGGCGUACAUCGCCUGCUGGGCGCCCUUCUUCAGCGUCCAGAUGUGGUCCGUGUGGGACAAGAAUGCCCCUGAUGAAGAUUCAACCAACGUGGCCUUCACCAUCUCCAUGCUCCUGGGCAACCUGAGCAGCUGUUGCAACCCCUGGGUCUACAUGGGUUUCAACAGUCACCUGCGACCGCGCCCCCUGCGCCGCCUGGCCUGCUGCGGACCCCGGCCCCGGCCCUGCCCGCAGCUCUCCAGCGACAGCCCCUCGGGACGCCACACCACGCUGCUGACCUGCUCCAGCGGCCUGCCCACCCUGACGCUCAGCCCCAGGCUCCGUGGGGGCCCCGGGUCCGAAGGCUCCCGGAAGGGCUCAGUGCAGGUGCAUGGCAAAGCCUCCACUGAGACCAUCGCCUUUUAG